AUGGCAAAUCCAGUAAAACUUAUUCGUGUAUCCCCUUCGUCUCCGCGUAUAUAUAUAUGUAUCUACUCCACGGUGAGAAUUUCUAUCGAGGAGGAAGGGGGAGGAGAGGGAAAAGGGAAAGGAGACAGGAAUGCAUUGUAUGUAUUUAAGGGUUAG